UUUUGUUUACUUUUCAUGUACCUGGUAGUAAUUUUUCGUUUAUAGUCAAUUAAUAAAGUUUUGUAGUCCAAUAACCAGCAAUAUACGCAAUUAUUUGUAAUUGAUGAUUUAUCAAAAUUUACAUAAGAACACGGAAUCCUAUUGGCAAUACAGGUUCAAUAAUAAUGACUUUAGAUUCAUACGAUAAACUUCUUGGAACCGUUUUACAAGAGUACAAGAUUUUAGCAGAAUAUAAACGUUUACAGAACGAGGAUCUAGGUGGGGUCUACGUAAUACCGUCCUUCGAAAACAGUUUCUUAUGGUUUGGGGUUAUUUUUGUUCGCUGUGGUCCUUACAAGGAUGGAAUAUUUCGGUUUACUCUUUCGUUACCGGAUAAGUUUCCCAACGACCCUGAAGUUCCGACUGUUACAUUUCAAAAUGAAACCUUCCAUCCGUUGAUAUGUCCUUAUAACGGAACGCUGGACCUGGCGGAGGCUUUUCCUAAAUGGAAGAAUGGUGAAAACCACAUCUGGCAACUACUCAAAUUUGUUCAGUACAUCUUCUCCAGUUUGGACGAGUACAUGUCUUUGGCCGAACAGAGUGCUAACAAUGGUGCGCACGAAUUGUAUCAUCAGAGUCGGACAGAUUUCCUCCAAAAAGUGGUUGAAUGCGUCCGACAAAGCCAAGACAAGCUUUACGACCCAGCCCCGGUGCAAGAUCGAAAUUACAUUGUAUUCGAAAAGUUUGAACAAGAAACCCAUGGUUCGGUACUGGAGUCAAUCAAGCAGGGUCGUACCAACGAGGUCACCACACCGCCCUCUUCCGGACUUUCGUGGGUCAAAGAAGGUGUGUUCCAACCGCUCAGCAAACAAGCAUGACGAAACAAAGACGUAAUACCAUUUUAUUGGAGGGUAGGACAAAUAUCAAAGCCGUGCAAAUAUUUAUUUUCUAAGAGUGAAAUUUUGAUUAACAAAUGGCAAUAAUAAAUUAGGAUCUUAGCUACAAAGAGUA